CGGACACAUCCAAACAGUCUGGAUUAUGAAUUCCGGACGUGGCUGUCAUUGAGAAGUUUGCCUUGAUGAAUCCAUUCGAUUAGCGUUGGUGUUUCUCUCCUCACCUGUUACUGCAACUGCAACUGAAAUCAGGAUGGACCCUGAGCGGGGCAUGAUGGGAGGCCGCAAUCGCUAUGAGGAAGCGGACGAGGAACAUCAAUCCAUCUACAUCGGUGUGCCGAUCCCUCGAGGGUACAGACGCAAACGCCGGCGAAGACGCUCCAUGUCCAGCCGAGACUCGGGGGAGGUGGAGCGAGACAGGCGGUAUGAGCACCAUCACAGACAUCACGAGCACCACGACCUGGACCGGUACGACAUCGAGGCUGGGGGCCUGGACCCUCCCGAACACAGCCUGCCCCCCGACAUCAACAGGACCAUGUCCCCUGCGGCUGAGCGUCUUCGCUACAUCCUGGGAGAUGACGAUGACAUGCCCACACCGACCCUGUUCACAGAGAUGGACACGCUGCAGCAUGAGGGGGACGAGCUGGAGUGGAAGGAGUCGGCCAGGUGGGUGAAGUUUGAGGAGAAGGUGGAGGAGGGUGGUGAGCGGUGGAGCAAGCCUCAUGUGUCCACACUGUCCCUGCACAGCCUGUUUGAGCUGCGCACCUGUCUACAAACUGGCACUGUGCUACUAGACCUGGAGGGGUACUCCCUACCGCAGAUAGUGGAUGACAUUAUCGAGAGACAGAUCGAAGAGGGGAUGAUUGGUCCGGAACUGCGGGAUAAGAUCAGUUUCGUCCUGCUGCGGAAGCACAGGCAUCAGACCAAAAAGCCUAUCCACCGCUCCCUGGCAGACAUCGGCAAAUCAGGCGGCGGAAGUGCCGGCAACCGCAGUCCAAACCGUGCCCCACCCGCGGGAGCAAACUUUAACCGCUCCACAGAAGACCUGCGCUCCAAACAGGCAGGCAACUAUGGCCGUCUGCGUCAUGCCCAAAGUCGCAGUAUGAAUGAUAUUGCUGAUACACCAAGCACAGACCAGCUGAAGAACAAAUUCAUUAAAAAGAUCCCCCGAGAUGCAGAGGCGUCCAAUGUCCUGAUUGGAGAAGUUGACUUCCUGGACAAACCCUUUGUGGCCUUUGUACGUUUGGCUCAGGCAACCACACUCGGAGGACUGACUGAGGUCCCCGUGCCCACCAGGUUCUUAUUUGUUCUCCUGGGACCUCAUGGCAAAGCCAAGUCCUAUAAUGAGAUUGGCAGAGCCAUCGCCACCCUGAUGGUAGAUGAUCUCUUCAGUGAUGUUGCAUACAAAGCCAGGGAUCGGGAGGAUCUCAUUGCCGGCAUCGAUGAGUUCUUGGACGAGGUCAUCGUCUUGCCACCUGGGGAAUGGGACCCCAAAAUCCGCAUUGAGCCCCCCAAGAAAGUGCCCUCAGCUGACAAAAGGAAGUCAGUUUUCUCCCUGAACGAGCUUGGCCAGAUGAACGGGGCAGCCGGUGGGGGAGGAGGCCACAGUGACGAUGAGGAGAUGCCCGCAGCGCAUGAGCUUGGAGAGGAGCUGGCCUUCACUGGCAGAUUCUGUGGUGGCCUGUUCUUAGACAUCAAGCGUAAGGUUCCCUGGUUCCCUAGUGAUUUAUAUGAGGGCUUUCAUGUUCAGUCCAUUUCUGCUGUCCUCUUCAUCUACCUGGGCUGCAUCACCAACGCAAUCACCUUUGGUGGCCUCCUUGGAGAUGCCACUGACAACUACCAGGGGGUGAUGGAGAGUUUCCUGGGCACAGCUCUGGCCGGGACAGUAUUCUGCCUGUUUAGUGGCCAGCCACUCAUCAUCCUCAGUUCCACAGGGCCCAUCCUCAUCUUUGAGAAACUGCUCUAUGAAUUCAGCAAGAGCAACGGCAUUGACUACAUGGAGCUGCGCCUGUGGAUCGGCAUGCACUCCUGCGUGCAGUGCUUCUUCCUGGUGGCCACGGACGCCAGCUACAUCAUCAAGUACAUGACACGCUUCACCGAGGAGGGAUUCUCCAGCCUCAUCUCCUUCAUCUUCAUUUCGGACGCAAUCAAGAAGAUGGUGGGCUCCUUCAAGUACUACCCCAUCAACACAGACUUCAAGCCCGACUACGUCACCCAGUACAAGUGCGAGUGCAUCGCCCCUGACCCGACUCUGGACUGGACGCAGCUCAGUAAGAAGGAGUGUGUGAAGUAUGGAGGUGCUCUGGUGGGCAAGUCCUGCAAGUUCGUGCCCGACCUGGCUCUGAUGUCCUUCAUCCUCUUCUUUGGAACCUACUCCAUGACUGUCUCCCUAAAGAAGUUCAAAUUCAGCCGCUAUUUCCCCACUGCGCUUCGCAAGCUCAUCAGUGACUUCUCCAUCUUCAUGUCAAUCAUGACAUUUGUGGGUCUUGAUAUGUUGAUGGGGCUAAAGACUCCUAAACUAAUUGUUCCCACUGAAUUUAAGCCCACCCGUCCAGGUCGCGGCUGGAUUGUGUUACCUUUCGGAAAGAACCCCUGGUGGGUGUAUGUGGCCAGCUUUGUUCCAGCACUCCUUGUCAGCAUCCUGAUUUUCAUGGAUCAACAAAUCAGUGCUGUUAUUGUCAAUCGCAAGGAGAACAAACUCAAGAAAGGGUGUGGCUAUCACUUGGACCUGUUGUGUGUGGGUAUACUGAUGGCAGUCUGUUCCUUCUUGGGACUGCCCUGGUACGUAGCUGCCACUGUCAUCUCCAUUGCCCACAUAGACUCCCUUAAGAUGGAGAGCGAGUCCAGCGCACCUGGAGAGCAGCCUCAGUUCCUGGGGGUGAGAGAACAGAGAGUGACUGGGAUUCUUGUGUUUGUUCUCACCGGAGUGUCCAUCUUCCUGGCCCCUGUACUUCAGUACAUCCCAAUGCCAGUACUUUAUGGAGUUUUCCUCUACAUGGGAGUGGCCUCGCUCAGUGGAAUUCAGUUCUGGGACCGCAUAAAAUUAUAUCUGAUGCCGUCCAAGCACCAGCCUGAUUUCAGCUUCCUGCGCCAUGUGCCCCUGAGACGGAUUCACCUCUUCACACUGAUCCAGAUCAUAUGCCUCAUUGUCCUCUGGGUUCUCAAAUCCACUUUUCUGGCCAUUAUCUUUCCUGUUAUGAUUCUUGGGCUGUUGUUGGUGCGUAAGAUGCUGGACAUGGUGUUCUCGCAGCAUGACUUAGCUUGGAUGGAUGAUCUCUUGCCUGAAAAAGAGAAGAAGAAGAAAGAGGAUGAGAAGAAGACAACAAAAGACAAGAAGAAGUCAAGAGUGGAUGACAGUGAGGACGAGGAGAAGUACCACCCAUACUCUAACUGCUCUCCCCCAGACUCCGACCUGGACCGCAGCAUCACACUGCACCUGAAGAUCUCCUGCCCGUCUUCGCCGGCGGGGCCCAUGAGCCGCGGCAUGGCCUGUCCCGUGCCCCAGGUCAAGAUCGAGAUGGAGUCCGACUACGAGGACACGGACACGGACCCGCGGCACCGGGACAUGAGCAGUGAGACAACGCUGUAGUUGUGCCGCCGGCGAGGCAAACAGAGAAAGCCCCCCCACCCCACCCGACCCGUGGGGCCCGCUGUCAGGAGAGUAAAUGAUUCUCCUCUGCUCCCACAAAAGCUCUGCAGACAGGACAAUGCAAGGGAAAUGGCCAAACACAUUUGUCAUGGACUCCCACUUCAUGUUAUACCGCAGAUUUGAGAUGGAUGCCGUGUAUAAGACCUGUGUCCAAAAUUCAAACUUUGAUCCGGUAUUAAGUAUUACCAAACCUUUGUACUCAGUAACCGAAUGCACUAUGUUCAGUCUUAAACCACAUAAUGCCACUGAGAUCCGUAUGAAAUAGUUGAUGAGCAGAGGGAGUUUUUAACUGUAUGUACUGUAAAUGAGAAAAUAUAAUGUGCAAAUCUACCUACAAGUUUAUCUCUAUAUUUAUUCAAAUAAGUAGUAUGUGGAGAACAAAAAGAAUGAUCAGAGGGAUUCCAUGUCUGUGGUGCUGUUUAAGUGUAUGGAUUAUGUAGUUAAUGGUCUUUUGUGUAAGAAACACCCUUUUAUUUCCUUUUUUGUUUCUUGCCUCUGCGAUGGUUGGAAAUGGCUGGGGGAAAAGAAACAACCAAAUAGCUUUAAAGCCCAAAUUCACACGCUGCUAGGUUACAUUAUAAGAUAAGUUAUUGUUACGUUUUACAAUAACUUACCACCUUUACCACAACAGACUUACCAGACUUACACAACAUUACCAAUAUUUUUGUGUGAAUCUGAGUCAAUAUACAAUGUAUUUAGUAACUGAUUAUAGGUCAUUAGAGGGAGAGAGACACCAAUAUUGUAGGUGGAAUACCUACAGGAAUGUCUAGAAAUGUCUACCUGGCUACAACUUGAAAUGUCCUGUUUGUAAUGUGACCAGAGGAUAUAAUUUGUAGCAUUUGUCUCCUGUUAACAGAAAUGCCAAGCAGAAUA